AGUCAGCUGACAAGCGUAGUUUCGCUUCUGCGCGGUGGCGGUCAGCUGACAGAUGUUUGCUGUCUCGGAUCAAACACCUGCGCGAUCAGAGCCGACCAGCGCGAUGAGUGCUGGCGCCCCCCGAUCUCUGGCCUCCUCCGGACAGAAGUCCAUCCAGGACAUCUGCCACCCUCUGUCCGCCGAGGAGAGCGCGCUGAACCCCGGCAGCGCUGCAGACACGGGCCUGAUCCUGCCCAAUGGGACUCCAGUAGACACAUCAAGCCCCGCCUCCUCUUCAUCUCUGCUGAACCGACUACAGCUCGAUGACGAUCUGGACGGAGAAACGCGCGAUCUGUUUGUGACUGUAGAAGACCCCAAGAAACACGUGUCUACUAUGGAGACAUACAUCACCUACAGAGUCUGCACAAAGACCACCAGAACAGAGUUUGACCUGCCUGAGUACUCGGUAAGGCGACGCUACCAGGACUUUGACUGGCUGAGGAACAAAUUAGAGGAAAGCCAACCCACCCAUCUUAUUCCACCUUUGCCUGAGAAGUUUGUUAUGAAGGGAGUGGUGGACCGCUUCUCAGAGGAGUUUGUGGAGACCAGGAGAAAGGCACUAGACAAGUUCCUCAAACGUGUAGCAGACCAUCCUGUGCUUUCUUUUAACGAACACUUCAAUGCAUUUCUCUCCGCAAAGGACUUGAAUAAGCGUCAAGGCCUGGCUCUGCUGACUAAAAUGGGGGAAUCUGUGAAGUAUGUGACGGGUGGUUAUAAACUGAGGGCACGGCCGGCGGAGUUUGCUGCCAUGGGCGACUAUCUGGACUUGUUCACACAGAAAAUGGGCACCAUUGACAGGAUAGCACAGAGAAUCAUCAAAGAGCAGUCAGAGUUCCUGAUGGAGUUGAGAGAGUACGGGCCGGUCUACUCCUCCUGGUCGUCUUUUGAGGAGGACCUCCAUGAUCCUCUGGAGGGGGUGUCGGGGUGCAUGUCGAACUGCUCCAGCGCUCUGGAGGAGCUCACGGAGGACAUGAGCGAAAACUUUCUCCCUGUGCUCAGAGAAUACGUCCUGUACAUCGAGUCCAUGAAGAAUGUGCUGAAGAAGAGAGACCAAGUUCAGGCGGAGUAUGAAACAAAGUUGGAGGCGGUGGUGUUCAGGGAGGACAAAAAGACAGCGGUGCCCUCUGACGUGGAGAAGUGUCAGGACCGUGUGGAGUGUUUCAACGCUGACCUGAAGGCCGACUGGGACCGCUGGGAGAACAACAAGCGACAGGACUUCAGACAGCUGCUGACGGGCAUGGCCGACAAAAACAUCCAGCACUACGAGAAGGUCAGAAACUUUCCUCCACCUGGAAUAGCGGUUUCUAAUGUGGUUGGAGGUGGAAAUUUGCAUCUGUCAUUUCAGAGGCGGAGCUAG